AUGCUGUUUUUUGUCAGUCAUUUCAUUACUUUUGCUGUACUCCAGAGCUUUUCACUUGCUAACGCGCGCAUGUUAGUGACUCCAGAAAGCCCCAUCCCUGAGGCCAGUCAGCACAGAUGCAUGACCCCUCAUGAUUCUCAUUUGGCCUUGAGCUCUGAAGACUGGCGAUUGGAGCUUCUACGGCAUGGACAGGCGACGGUUAAACCACAGCAAUUGAUGCUGCCUGGAGAGAUUCCGUAUACCGGCGCGUCGCGUGAGAAUGACUUCCAGGCCCCUCAAACCCCAACCGCUUCUUUGUCAGAAUCACACUUGCUCCCCACCGUGCUCGCCCCGCACGCAUCCGCAGCUCAGUCAUUGACAUCGCUUCUUGAUGUUGGCCACGGUGGAGAUGUUCUUAUUAAUCCUGGUUGGAACCCCAAUGACCAGCCAGGCAGCCACGGACCCAAUGCAAGGUCAUCACCAUGGUCGAAAUCGUUUUUGGCCUGCCCUUACUACAUAAGGGAUCCUAUCCGCCAUUUCGGAUGUAUCAACUUGAAACUUGAUACUUACGGGCGCGUCAAACAACACUUAAAGAGAAGUCAUUUGACUUUCGAUGCCAAUAAGACGGAAGGCUUCGUAUGCGAAGAAUGCGGUAUGGUCUCCCUAGACGAAUCAUCCAGGAACAUUCAUCGAUUUUCUACUGAAUGUGCGCCGGCGACCUUGGUGAAUGAGCGUGGCGUAUCAAGCCAAGCAUGGGAAAAACUUGAAAAACGUCUAAAGAGCGGCUCAACGGAUGAGGAGAAGUGGCUUAAUAUGUGGUUUGUUCUAUUCCAUCAUCCUCUCUGUACGUCAACGCCGAUAAAGGAUACUGUCAUGAACAGAUUCUUCCAAAUCAUUCGCAACUUUUGCCAGGUUGAUGGAUUUGGAGCAAUUCUCUCGUUACUUUCCCAGGAAAUGUGCGGAGUUGAACAUGGAAGCGCGAUGCAGAUGUAUGAAUUGCUCAUGAAGCUGCUCGACUUCAUUCGGAAUUCUAUCCAGCAGCUAUUCAAUGCAGAGGUUGCAGGCGCAAGUGGCUGA